AUGAAAAAGGACUAUUUAAUACUCUAGAUAAGCUAUCUUAUUUAUGUUCAACUUACUAAUUUGAAUUAAUUUGAUUAAUAGUUUUUUAAAUAAUAUUUUGAAAUAGUAAUAGUUUAAUUGAAAGAAAUAUAAUAAAAUAUUUAUGUAAAAUAGAAGUAAAAACAAUAAAUCAAAGUACUUAUUUAAUCAAUUAAUGAAUUAAAUCAAAAAAUACAUAAUGAACAAUAAUUAAAAAUAAAGAAAAUAGAAAUUUUAAAAUUUAAUAAACUAUAGUCAUCAAAUUUAGUAUAGGAGAUGAUUAAUGAAACAGAGUAAAAUGAAAUUUUAGUAUAGGAAGAAGAUCUACAUGUAAACUAGAUUUUACAACUGAAAAUAAUAUGGGAAUGA